AGGGGGGGAGAAAAAAAAUCUGAGCAAUAUUUCUAUUGGGAGGGCGGGCUGGACACGCAGGGAACAAUCGGCUCGACUUUGCCAAGUUGCCACCUCAAAGGGUAUCGGGUUACGCUGAGUGACAGCGUUACCAUGGCAAAUAAUUUGACUGAGGCUAUUGUCUUAUCCUCGCCAUCCCCGGGUCAGAUAACCGACCAAUCAGAGUUCAUAUAAUCGCUUGUCUUGCCAGCUUAGAAUAAUAUUAUUAAAACGAGCCGGCGAGUCUGCUCUCCGGGAGUAGUUUAUGCAGAAUCGGCGCAGAAAAGGUGGAGGCGUACGGAGGAAGGAAGGAGCUCCACAUUUCUCUCUCUCUCUCUUUCUCUCUCUCUGUAUUUUCGCCGCAACUUUCACGAGGAACUGUCGCCUGGGGAUCUGCAUGGCUCAGUGGGCACUGGAGCUGGAUAUUCCCCCUAACCCUUGAGUGCGUAUAGGUUGCUCUUCUGGGACACUGUUGUUGUUUUUUUUGUUUUUUCUUUUUCCUUUCCUUUUUUUUUUUUAAUCUUAUUUUUCCCUGACACUCGUGGACUUACUGCGUGUCGCUUUAAUGAGAGACUGAGACGCGAGACGUGGAAGCGAGGCACAAUCUGAUCUGCGCGGGGUCUGCGGCCGCCGCCAUGUCCAUGCUCCCCACGUUUGGCUUCACGCAGGAGCAGGUCGCGUGCGUCUGCGAGGUCCUGCAGCAAGGGGGGAACAUCGAGCGGCUGGGACGCUUCCUCUGGUCCCUGCCGGCCUGCGAGCACCUCCACAAGAACGAGAGCGUCCUCAAGGCGAAAGCCGUGGUCGCCUUCCACCGGGGCAACUUCCGAGAGCUCUACAAGAUCCUGGAGAGCCACCAGUUCUCGCCGCACAACCACCCGAAGCUGCAGCAGCUGUGGCUCAAGGCGCACUACAUCGAGGCGGAGAAGCUGCGCGGCCGCCCGCUCGGGGCCGUGGGGAAGUACCGCGUCCGGAGAAAGUUCCCGCUGCCCCGCUCCAUCUGGGACGGGGAGGAGACGAGCUACUGCUUCAAGGAGAAGAGCCGGAGCGUGCUGCGGGAGUGGUACACCCACAACCCGUACCCGUCCCCGCGGGAAAAGAGGGAGCUGGCCGAGGCCACGGGACUCACCACCACGCAGGUCAGCAACUGGUUCAAGAACCGGCGGCAGAGGGACCGGGCGGCGGAGGCGAAGGAGAGGGAAAACAGCGAGAACUCCAACAGCAACAGCCACAACCCGCUAUCGUCUUCCAUGAACGGAAAUAAAACUCUUUUGGGGAGCUCGGAUGACGACAAAACGCCUUCGGGGACGCCGGAUCACACGUCCCCGAGCCCGGCCCUGCUCCUGGGCUCGAACGCCGGCUUGCCGCCGCUGCACGGCCUCGCGCCGCCGCCGGGACCCAGCGCGAUCCCGGUGCCCGGCGGCGCAGACUCGGUGCACCAUCACCACUCGGUGCACCAUGACACUAUACUGAACUCUAUGUCUUCUAACCUCGUGGACCUCGGCUCUUAGAAAAAAAAGAAAAAAGAAAGGACACUGAGAGGGAGACAAAAAAAAAACCUUUUUGUUUUUCUUUUCUUUUUUUUUCUGGAGAUGGUGGUGAGAGCGAAGCUUCAAGCACUUGCGGUAAGAAAGACUGGGAGUCUGCGAGGACAGCCACCAUGACAAACCUGUUGGGUCUACGCGCAAGUAAAAUGCAUCUUUUUUUUCUUUUUUUAAAAAACAAAAACUAAAAAAACAAAAGACGUUUUCCCGCCACUUCUUCUCAUCUCAAACUUCAAAUUUGUGAAGUUUUCAACAACCACAAUCUUAGGCUUUAAAGCACUUAAACGACAGCAGCUGAUCAAGCGGACGUCAGGUUCUCGCAGCACUUCGGUCUCGCUGGAGGAGAGAACUGGUAGGGGAGGAAAAUGAGAAGCAAAGGCGUAUAUCUGAAUGUAAUUACAUAUUAUCUUAUAUUGUUGAAAACAAUAAGAAUAAUAAUAAUAAUAAAUAAAAACGUGUCUUAAUUCCUGCACCGUUGUUAUUGUAGGAGACUCGGUUUCCCCCUGCCUGUAUUGUUUACAUUGGGGUUUUCCAAGAAGAGCCAUAUGCAGACUUUCUGUUCUGUUUGUUUUUUGUUUUUUUUUUUUUUUUGCUUUUCUUUCUUAAUUCGGUUUCUUUGUUUUGUUUUUUUUUUUUUUUUGAAGGAGGUCGGACUGAUAUGUUCAAGUGUCUAAUUAGAGCCGCGACGACGUGAAGUAUCUCAGCCUCCCGACAAUAUAUGAUGAUAACAAUGAUGAUGAUGAUGAUGAAUAGUAUUUACAUUUUUAUUUGGAAAGAGACUGCAUGUAAGCUCUGCGCUUAACGGAGGAAUAAUGAAGCGACUCAUAUAGUUCCAUAUAAACUUUCCAAUAAAAGAAAAAAAAACAUCCACGGACUAAAAUCGAUUUAUUCCUGUGAUUCUGGAUCAUUAUUGCCCCCUAAUUUAUAGCAGACCUUUAGAUAACUUUUAUAUAUUUUUAUUGCUUUAAACUAAAGGUGCAACCAUAAAAAUAAAUCUCAUUAUUUUCUUUUCUUUUGCAGUUUUUACUUUAAAGCAUUCGAAAAUGCAAGAAAAUGAGUUGGGCGGAGAAACAAAUAUUGUGUUUUAUUUUCGCGUUGAAAUGAAAAAAACGAGGAAGAGAGAGGAAAAAGAAAAAAGAAAAAACGGAGACACUCAGUCGAGCACUUGGUAAAAGCAACACAAGUCAAGAGGCCGGAACAUGUGGCGCAGAAUCCAGACGCGCAUCUCCGAACAGGGGAGACGUUCAUCUCCACGUCGGAGUGAUGACACCUUAUCUGUCCUCGCUCGCUCAGUUGAGGGGAACAAAAGUGCCGUGCUGGAGUUUUUUCUUUUUUCUUGUCGAUGGAAAGAAGAAGAAGGAGAAAAAAACACAGAACUGGAAAGUAGCGUUGAAAGAAGACACUUUGUUUGAACAGCCUGGACUGUGAAACACCUUCAGCUCCAUCAGCCCGAGAUGUUUGCAAACGUCUCAUCUCAUCUGUAAUUAAAAAAAAAAAGUUUUGUUUUUUAUUGCUUUGUUUUUGUAGAUUCGUAUCCGCAGCUUUUGGUGUUCGCAGUUCAAACGCUGGAGGUGAAGGUGGAAAAUCGCCAUUGUGAAGCCAAGCGGAUGGAGCUCAAACACGGCUUAUAUAAAACACUGGUGGCCCAUCGGAGCCACCCGCAAUUUAAAAUACAGGGACGUGUUGCUGUGCGCGUCUUUUCCCCGUUUCAACACAUUUAGACACCUAUUUAGACUUUUUGUUGUUGUUGUCAAUCUUUUUUUGUACCUCUCCCUUAGACGUCAGUGUCAUUUUAUGGAGAUAUUCUGAGUUUCCAGCUUUUAUGCCUUUUUGACCCCCGUCGUUGUUCACGUCUUUUUUUUUCACAUUUUGCUUCACUUUCCACCCGCAUGUCGACAGUAAGUCUUUAUUGUAUUUUAUUUCAUUAUUAUUAUUUUUUUUAAUCACCUUGUAUUUCCGACCACACUUUAGACAUAUUUAUUUAUUGAUUGAUUUAUGUCUCUGACGUCUUUUCCCUUGAAGUCUUUUCAUUUGAAGCCACAUUUAGACGCCAAUAAACGUCUUUUUUGUUGUUGUUUGGA